CUGAGGCUUUCGGGACAGCGGCGGGAAGAUGGCGGCGCCCAUGGACUGUCUUGAGUCUCUGGAGGGAGAAGGCAGCGCGGGGUGCAGGGCGUCUGGGGUGGAGGUGUCGGUUCCUUCGGAUCCCGCGGCUGCCGCCCCCCCGUGCCCCNUAGGGCCCACUCUUCUGUUUGUAAAAGUGAGCCAAGGAAAGGAAGAAACACGGAAGUUUUAUGCCUGCUCAGCCUGUAGAGAUAGAAAAGAUUGUAAUUUUUUUCAGUGGGAAGAUGAAAAGUUGUCGGAAGCUAGACUUGCUGCCCGAGAAGCUCAUAACCAAAGACACCAACCCCCUCUAUCCCGAGCACAAUGCAUAGAAAGGUACCUGAGUUUUGUUCAGUUGCCCUUGACUCAAAGAAAGUUCUGUCAAAGUUGCCAGCAAUUGCUGUUACCUUCAGAUUGGAGGGAGCAUGGUGAGCACCAGCUGUUGUCUGACAUCUCCAUCACCCAGCUCCGAAGGCCCAGUCAGCUGCUCUACCCACUGGAGAACAAGAAGACACACGCUCAGUACCUGUUUGCUGACAGGAGCUGCCAGUUUCUGGCAGGCCUCCUUGCUACUCUCGGAUUUAGAAGAGUACUGUGUGUUGGAACACCAAGGCUACACGAGCAGAUCAGACUGACAGCACCAGGUGAGAAGUCCAACACAAAAAGCCUUUUAUUGGAUAUUGAUUUUCGAUAUUCGCAGUUUUACCUGGAAGAUAGCUUUUGCCGCUAUAACAUGUUCAACCAUCAUUUCUUUGAUGGAAAGGCUGCCCUUGAAGUGUGCAGGGCAUUCUUACAGGAAGAGGAAGGUGAAGGGGUGAUUAUGGUGACAGACCCUCCUUUUGGUGGCUUGGUUGAACCUCUGGCUAUUACAUUCAAGAAGUUAAUUGCUAUGUGGAAAGAAGGUCAAAGCCAAGAUGACAGUCACAAAGAACUGCCCAUUUUCUGGAUUUUCCCCUAUUUUUUUGAGUCGAGGAUUUGUCAGUUUUUCCCAAGCUUCCACAUGCUGGAUUACCAGGUAGAUUAUGAUAAUCACACACUUUACAAACAUGGAAAGACAGGUCGAAAACAGUCUCCUGUGCGGAUUUUCACCAACAUUCCACCCAACAAAAUAAUCCUUCCUACAGAAGAAGGAUACAGAUUUUGUUCCCUCUGCCAGAGAUAUGUUUCUCUUGAGAAUCAGCACUGUGUGCAUUGUAAUUCUUGCACAUCCAAGGAUGGCAGGAAAUGGAGCCAUUGCUUUCUCUGCAAAAAGUGUGUGAAGCCUUCCUGGACCCAUUGUAGCACCUGCAAUCGCUGUGCACUCCCAGAUCAUUCCUGUGCGGGCCCUAAAGAUGGCUGCUUUAUUUGUGGUGCAUUGGAUCACAAACGCAGCAAUUGUCCCAACAUUGGCAUCUCUAAGAGACCUAACAAAGCUGUCAGAAAGCAGAAGCAAAGAAAAAGUAAUAAGAUAAAAACGGCCACUAAAGGACAAUCCAUGAAUCACACAUCUGCUCCAAGAAGAAAGAAGAAGAGGGAAAGGGCCCAUCAAUAUCCUUGCUCUUAAAUGUCCAGUGACUUGAGAAUAAGGAAGAUUUAUAGUUCAACCUUUGAUGCCAUUUUCUCCAAGUGCCACACUGGACUUAAAUCCAGCUGCUUUCAAAGGUGUGCACCUUCCUGAGUUCAGUAAUAGGCAAGUGGCAUUUGUUGGCUUCAAGUCCUUUCAGCUGCCUCUGCAGACCUGGGAGCUUUCUGCCUUGAGCUGGUUCUUGGCUGUACAUGCUUUUUCCACUCUUUAAAUCCCACCAGUCUUUGUUUUGGCUUCUUUUGUCUAAAAAAUGGACAUGCAGCCUGUGUUUACAUACAAUACUAGAUAUUAAUGCAAAUGAAAAUCUUUAGUUUUCCUCA